AGGUUGCAAUGCCGAAGCCUGCUCGGAAGGAAACUGCCGCAAAAGCCGUCGGCGACCCCCACUUGGUGAACAUGUACGGACAGCGCUUCGACAUCUUGAGGGAGGGCAAUCACACGCUGAUCCAGAUUCCCAGGCAUGCGGAACCCAGAGCCACCUUGCUGAAGGUAAACGGCGAGGCUUUGCACAUGGGCGGCGCUUGCGCGGACAUGUACUUCCAUUCCAUCUCCGUAAAGGGCAAGUGGGCAGAAGACUUGGCGUACACGCUGAGCAAAGGGCAGAGUCGCAGCGCUGGCUUCAACUUCUUCGCGGACGCAGCUCACAGGAGCAACAGCACGCAUUGGACGCGCUUCGGCAACGAGCUGGAUCUGAAGAUUAUCCCAGAGACAAUCACUGGCGUCCGCUACCUCAACAUCUUCGUCAAGCAUCUGGCCUCUGUGCAGGCCUCCGUCGGCGGUCUCCUCGGCUCGGACGACCACUCGACCAUCGCGACUCCACCGGCGGACUGCAAGCGCACGGUCUCCCUCUUGUCCAUCGGGAGCCACAUGGGCGCGGGCUCGUCGCAGGGCGACGGCACUUUCGACGAGCUGGCGCAGUUCACGCACGAUUUCGACUACCAGUGAGCCCUGAUUCGCCUGGGGAGGUAGAGCAGGGUCCGCUGUUAGCGGCGGUCGGGAGCCCGAGGGGAAGCGCGGGGGGAGGCAGGGGGGAGGCAGGGGCGCAGCCCGCCGGCCGCGCUGCCGCGCCCGGCGUCCCUGCCAACCUCCCCCGGCACUGGGUGCGCAGAGCGAGCUCGGCGUUCACUCGAGGCAUUCGGCGGGGGUGCGGUCCUGGCCCGAAGACUCGAAG